GAGUAGGCGGAGCGGGGCGGCGCGGCGCUGGAGGACGAUGGUGGCUGAGCUGCUGGGGGCGGAGGCUCGGUAGCCCCCGCGGAAAAGGAGCCCGGCGGCGCCUGGCCAGCCGAGCCGAGGAUGGAGAACCGGCCGGGGUCCUUCCAGUACGUCCCGGUGCAGCUGCAAGGGGGGGCGCCCUGGGGCUUCACCCUGAAGGGGGGCUUGGAGCACUGCGAGCCGCUCACGGUGUCGAAGAUUGAAGAUGGAGGCAAGGCAGCCUUGUCCCAGAAGAUGCGGACUGGUGAUGAGCUGGUGAACAUCAAUGGCACUCCAUUGUAUGGCUCCCGCCAAGAGGCCCUCAUCCUUAUCAAAGGCUCCUUCAGGAUCCUCAAGCUGAUUGUCAGGAGGAGAAACAUCCCCGUCAGUAGGCCGCACUCAUGGCAUGUGGCCAAGCUAUUGGAGGGGUGCCCUGAAGCGGCUACCACCAUGCAUUUCCCUUCUGAAGCCUUCAGCUUGUCUUGGCAUUCUGGUUGCAACACAAGUGACGUGUGUGUGCAGUGGUGCCCCCUCUCCCGGCACUGCAGCACUGAGAAAAGCAGCUCCAUCGGCAGCAUGGAGAGCCUAGAGCAGCCAGGCCAAGCUACCUAUGAGGGUCACCUCUUGCCUAUCGACCAGAACAUGUACCCCAGUCAGCGUGACUCGGCCUACAGCUCCUUCUCAGCCAGCUCAAAUGCCUCUGACUGUGCCCUUUCCCUUAGGCCAGAGGAACCACCCGCCACAGACUGUGUCAUGCCAGGCCCAGGGCCAACUAAAGCCACCGAUGGCCGAGCUAAUGUAUGUGAGACCUCAGAAAGUAGCCACAGUACCAGUGGGGACCGUGGGACCUCCACUUCCCAAGAGUCAUCCUGUCCAGAGGAGGGUCAACACUCAGGACCUGCCAGGAUGGUACAAGGUCCACCAGAGCCUCCUGUGAGGCGGGACAGCCUUCGGGCCUCUAGAGCUCAGCUCCUCAAUGGAGAGCAGCGCCGUGCGUCUGAACCUAUGGACUCCUUGCAACAGAAGGAGAAACAAGGCUUAGAGACACUGCUGCCUCCAAGGAGCCCUAACCAAUUCUGCUGCAUAAGUGGGCAAGACCAAGUGACAGGCGAGGGCCACCAGAACUGUGAGCUCAGCCAGCCUUCUGAAUCCAGCCAGGAGGACUCUGAGCAUCUACUGAUAGAGGGCUCCUCCAAAGCGUUUGAUUCCCCAAAAACCCAUGACAAGGAUUCUAGCAGAGAGUUCAGCCUGCUCAAGGAAACUUCAACAGAUUUGGCUAACCCUUUGUCCUUUGGUGCCAUCCCACACCUCCGAGGAAGCACAGAGCAUCGCCAUAGUGCUCCGGAACAGCUGCUGGCAUCCCAGUUGCAGCGCAUGCGCGUGGAUUCCAGAGGUGGCAAGGGGAUGGAGUUGCCAGCUGGGCAUGAUGGGCACCAGUGGACGGUGUCCCCUUUGCACAAUGACCCUAAGGGAAAGAAAAGUCCAGGUCUCCGUACAGGAGACCCUCAGGACCAGCCUAUCAAAGAAAGGAAGGCCAGGCCCAUAGAUGAUAAGGCGAUGGGUCCCAUGUACCAGAGCCAAAGUGGUUCCCCACUUGGAGAGGUCGAUGGACCCCUGCCAGAACGAACUUACUUAGACCCAAACCGAGCAAGCAGAGCAGGCAGUGACUUGGCUAGCCAGCAGCCCUCUGCCACUUGCUCCCCUAUUCAACAAGCCAGAGACAUCUUUUCAACCUCUAAAGUGGCUGGUCACGCAGAAGCAACUGAAGAAGGUGACAGUGAACCCAAGGAAGGUGGCCGAUUAGGUGGCAAAAGGAGUGGAGGUCCCCGGGGACGCUCCAUCCAAAACCGGCGGAAGAGCGAUAGGUUUGCUACCAAUCUUCGAAAUGAAAUUCAGAGGAGGAAAGCCCAGCUCCAGAAAAGUAAGGGUCCAUUGUCACAGGUGUGUGACACUAAGGAGCCAGUUCAAGAGACCCAAGAGCCUCCAGAAAGCCCCCCACUCCCUGCUUCUAACUCGGCUCUCCUGUCUUCAUAUAAAGAAGUCCCUAGCCCGGGAGACAAGCUCUUCAAUAAAAGCAUGAUUCUCAGGGCUAGGUCUUCAGAAUGCCUCAGCCAAGCCUCAGAGAGCUCCAAAGCUAGAGUAGGCUUAGAGGGAAGGCUAAGCCCUGGCCAGAGGUCCGGCCAGUCUUCUUUGAGCCUGAACACCUGGUGGAAGGCAUCUGACUCACCCUCCUUAGACAAUGACAAAGCAAAUGCUCCCCAUGGGGUCUGUGGAGGUCAAUGGAGAUGGUCGCCAGAAUAUAACCCGCAGCCUCAUGUGCCACUAUCCACAGAAGGUCCUUCCAGCCCAGAUGACAGCAAGGAACUGAAGACAUCUCCUGCUCAAGCUGGGGAAGAAGCCAUUCUCUUGCCGUUUGCAGACAGAAGAAAGUUCUUUGAAGAGAGCAGUAAAUCCUUGUCUACAUCUCAUUUGCCAGGCUUAACCACUCAUAGCAACAAGCCUUUUACCCAGAGACCAAAGCCUAUCGACCAAAACUUCCAGUCAGUGAGCUAUAGGGAAUUGAGAUGCCAUCCCCUGGACCAAUCAUAUCAUUCCACAGACCAACCAUACCAUGCCACAGACCAAUCGUAUCAUUCCAUGUCACCACUUCAGUCAGAAACUCCCACUUACCCAGAAUGCUUUGCUACCAAAGGCCUAGAAAAUUCCCUGUGCUGUAAGCCACUGCACUGUGGGGAUUUCGAUUACCACAGGACCUGUUCCUAUUCCUGCAGUGCUCAGGGAACUGUAAUGCAUGAUCCUUGCAUUUAUUGUUCUGGAGAAAUCUGCCCUGCAUUGCUAAAGAGAAAUUUGUUGCCAAAUUGCCUCAACUGUAGGUGUCACCACCACCAAUGCAUUCGGUGUACAGCUUGCUAUCAUAAUCCUCAGCAUGGUGCCCUUGAGGACAGCAGCCUGGCACCUGGCAGUGCUUGGAAAUCCAGGAAGUCAGCAAUACAGGAAUUUCCUGGGGACAAGUGGAAGCCAAUAGCCGGCAACAGGAAAACUAGCCAUUCAGGGAGGGAAAUGGCUCAUUCUAAGGCCAGCUUUUCAUGGUCUGCUCCCUUCCACCCUUGCCUUGAAAACCCAGCACUGGACUUGUCAAACUACAGAGCAAUCUCAUCUCUUGACCUCCUUGGAGACUUCAAACUCGCCUUGAACAAAACAGAGGAAUCUUCAGUUUAUGAAGAUGGGAGUUCUGUUGCCUCCAUGCCCCGCCCACUGCGAAACCGAGCCUUCUCAGAGAGUCACAUCAGCUUGGAGCCUCCAAACCCCCGGGCCUGGGCGAUGCCUCAGAGGGAGCCAUUUACUAAAGGCAGUGAGACUCAGCCAGAACUCCUUGGGGCCCGAAAGAAGGCUUUCCCUCCCCCUCGUCCUCCUCCUCCCAACUGGGAAAAAUAUAGGCUUUUCCGUGCAGCACAGCAGCAGCAGAAACAGCAGCAGCAACAGCUGCAGCAGCAACAGCAGCAGCAGCAGCAGCAGCAGCAGAGGUGUGAUGAGGAAGAUGAGGAAGUAGAGGAGAAGAAGGAGCAAGAGCAGGAGGAGGAGGGACGGAAAGAGGAGGACCUACCACCCCAGUAUUUUAGUUCAGAAACCACUGGUUCCCAUGCCCCUAAUCCAGAUGAGGGCCUGGAACAGCCACAAUCCCUGAAGGUGGGCCACCUGGAGGCCUCAAGGCAGGCCUCACAGAGUCUCCCAGAGCAAGAGGUCUUUGCUCGUCAUCCCAGUGAUUUUGUGCCUCCUGUAAGGGGCCACACUGGAGCCCAGCCUGAGAAAGCUCAACCUCCUUGCUAUUAUGGCACUCGUGGAUUGUGGAGGACAACUGAGAAGGAAGCCACUGUGACCCCAAAGUAA